CGCUCCCUUAGCAAAACGGAACCAGGCUGCUCUAGCCUCUAUUUGACGGCAAUGACCGGAAGUGAUGCAUUAAAAGCGGGACACAUGUGCCGCGCGGCGGAAGUAGCGGUAGAAAAGUUUAGUGGUGUUGCCCACAGCGGCUGCAUCGUGGGAACUGGGAGAUGGGGAAACAGAAGAAAGCAAGGAAAUAUGCUACCAUGAAACGCAUGAUCAGCCUUCGUGAUCAGCGCAUUAAAGAGAAAGACAGAGCAAAACCUAAAGAAAAGAAGAAAGAAGAUCUUAGUGCAAUCAAGGAGACAGAAGUCCCCAAAUAUCCUUCAUGCUUAUUCUUCCAAUAUAACACACAACUAGGACCUCCGUAUUAUAUCUUAGUGGAUACCAAUUUUAUUAAUUUUUCCAUUAAAGCCAAAUUGGAUCUAGUACAAUCAAUGAUGGAUUGCCUCUAUGCCAAAUGCAUUCCUUGUAUCACAGAUUGUGUCAUGGCUGAAAUUGAGAAACUGGGACAGAAGUAUCGUGUAGCUUUAAGAAUAGCAAAAGAUCCACGAUUUGAGCGCUUGCCUUGCACUCACAAAGGAACCUAUGCAGAUGACUGCUUGGUACAGAGGGUCACCCAGCACAAAUGUUACAUAGUGGCUACUGUAGACAGAGACCUGAAGAGAAGAAUACGAAAGAUCCCAGGAGUCCCAAUAAUGUAUAUAUCUAAUCACAGGUAUAACAUUGAGCGGAUGCCUGAUGAUUAUGGAGCUCCUCGAUUUUAAAUAUGAUAGAAAAAGUGCUGUGUUGAAUUCCAGAACACUGAGCCAGUUAUAAUGUACUUCCAAUCUGGGUUUAUUUCUUAUGGUGCUUGGAAUUUGAACUAAUUCAUUAGACAAGUCUCUUCCAGAUAAAAUGGACAUUCUAUUCCAUAUUCUGGGAUCUAGAAUAAACAUUACUUGUAAAUAA